AUGAAAGCUCAGGCGGGCUUUCUAAUAUUGAUGGAAAACGUGGAGUCACGAAUUACUGAUAAAAAAUAUGUACUAGAUUCUCACUUAAAGCCCGAUGAGGCAGAGGAAGGAGAGGUCAACGAUUUGUCUGACCAAGAAGAUAAUGUCUCAGACUUUUCGAGUAAUAGCGGUUCAUCAAAGUCUUACAACAACCCAUCACCAAAGCAUGGAUAUGAGAGCUGUACGUCAGAAAUGUCACAAAACGGGGGAUUAUCACUUUCUACGCUAAAUAUGCCAUCAGUACAUCAUAUCCGGUCCCAUAAAAGUAGACCUGUCAAAAUAACGGAUACUGCCAAUGUGUCAAAGAAAACAAAUACAAGUCCUGCUAAUACCAAAUCAGAAGUUCGUGGUCAAACUUCGUCUCAUGAAAACCAAACAACUAAGUUGCAGUCUAUAGUCAAUUGUGCUAGGGCUUCAGAUCCACAAAUAUUGUCGGAGCAGGUUGAACCAUUUCAUACCUCAAUGUCUGUUAAGUCAACUAAACAUCUUCAGGGUCUACGGGACUUAGAAAAGGUGCAGCUACAGAUGCAACUAGAGGUUGCAACUAAUCAAAAUGAACAUAAUCAUACUUCUACUCCCUAUCCCAGUUCCUCUCAACAAGUACAUCAGAGUGUGUUUCCUGGUUUUGUCCCUGGUGGGACACCGAAACUAGCACAAAAUUCUGUGCAAAGGGUUGCUUCUGUUAAAGCCGUUUCCGAAAACAUUAACGGUGAUAAUCGUUUUGGUUUGUCCGGCUCUUGGCAGGUAGCCAUUCCUCCUUCAUCUGCAUUAGGUUCUCAACAAGAAAUUGAAAAGAUGCAUAUGAUGUAUCAGAAAGCCUGUCAACUUUAUCAGCGUGCUGUAGCUACUAUUGGAUCAACACCUAAUGUCAGCAUCCAACCCCCACCGUUCGGCACUCCUAUUGGUUCUCCUCCUUCAAUAUCUCUCCAAUCAUUUCCACCGACUCUGAUGCCUGUUAUUUCCGUUGAACGUCCAGCAUCUGUGUCUCCGUCCAAAUUCAUCCCGGCGUCUCAACUUCCUCAUGACGUUCUCAGAGAUAUACCUAAUCAAUGCAUUGGUCAAAAUCCUCAUAUACCGGCAAUUAUUCCUAAUCACGCACACAUUGCAUCCUCUUGUGCCAAUGAUCCAGUUUUUCAAUCUAAGCUAGAUUUUCAUAACCAUCAUGACUCUAAGCGCCUAUGUAUAUCGUCUAACGAGGGUUUUCAUCGUAUUUCUACUGUACUCCAUCCUGAACAUUCCAAUCGCUCUAGUUCCCCAUCUGAUUCGAAAAAUGUAACAAACGAUGGAUCAAAAAGCGAUCUAUCCUCGUCAAAGUAUUUAUGGAUAAGCAAUCUCCCUCAAGGUGUUCGAGCAGUAGAUAUUAAAGAAAUGUGUGCACCAUACGGAAAAGUUCAAACAAUAAAAAUAGUAGGCAGUAAAAAGAGUAAACCCCCAUCUAUUUACGCUUAUCUCAUUAUGGAGACUUCGGAGGCCGCAGUCCGUCUUAUAAAAGCCUUACAAGGUGUGAAGUUCUCUGGAAAUGAAUUGAAGAUAAAACAAGGCGUGCAAUUCGGCAAGUCUGUCAUCGUAUAG